AUGGCAGCACAUAGUCCUCUACCAGUUCAUUCUGAGAGUAUAGCAUCAUGCAUGGCAGCACAUAGUCCACUUUCAGUUCAUUCUGAGAGUAUAGCAUCAUGCAUGGCAGCACAUAGUCCUCUACCAAUUCAUUCUGAGAGUAUAGCAUCAUGCAUGGCAGCACAUAGUCCACUACCAGUUCAUUCUGAGAGUAUAACAUCAUGCAUGGCAGCACAUAGUCCACUAUCAGUUCAUUCUGAGAGUAUAGCAUCAUGCAUGGCAGCACAUAGUCCACUACCAGUUCAUUCUGAGAGUAUAGCAUCAUGCAUGGCAGCACAUAGUCCUCUACCAGUUCAUUCUGAGAGUAUAGCAUCAUGCAUGGCAGCACAUAGUCCACUACCAGUUCAUUCUGAGAGUAUAACAUCAUGCAUGGCAGCACAUAGUCCACUACCAGUUCAUUCUGAGAGUAUAACAUCAUGCAUGGCAGCACAUAGUCCACUAUCAGUUCAUUCUGAGAGUAUAGCAUCAUGCAUGGCAGCACAUAGUCCACUACCAGUUCAUUCAGAGAGUAUAGCAUCAUGCAUGGCAGCACAUAGUCCACUAUCAGUUCAUUCUGAGAGUAUAGCAUCAUGCAUGGCAGCACAUAGUCCACUACCAGUUCAUUCUGAGAGUAUAGCAUCAUGCAUGGCAGAACAUAGUCCACUACCAGUCUGA